GGGCUGUAGUGGAUUGAGUGUGAAAGGCGACUGCGGUGAAGAUGAAUUUGUUAUCGCUCGUGUUUGUGACGUGUGUGGUUGUCAGUGACGCGUUUUUAUUCUUUUUUGCCAGGAACGAGCGGUGGUUGCUUUGUUACAAGAUAUGUCCCCUGUACUGCUCUCUCAGACGAAAUGACGAGGGUGCCGAUAAAUACAGCCCUGCAGAUAUAUAUGCGAACAUCGCUGGUUUAAAAAAUUGGGACAGAAGCGCAGACGAUUCUGAACUAUACGUAGACGACGACCUACCUUACUACCCUCCCAUUACGAAGUUUGAUGAACUUGAAGACCAUGAAAGUCAUUUCUGGUACCCCCCCGAGUACUACCCCAGGUUUGUGAUAUGCAAACCACCGCCAGCCCCUACUACUACCACUACUACUACUACUACAACGCCAAAACCAACUACAACUACAUCUGAGCCUACAUUUAUAUGUAUGCAAUGUAAGAAGCGAUGUAAUUACCCUUAAUAUGACAUAGAAAGGAGAUUUUGGUAACACCAUUCUACUUCGACGUUAAAUUUAACCUAGGUUAAACUUUGACGCAGGCUAAAGUUAACGUCAAAGUUUACUAGUGCAACUGAGGCUGAGAAUAGAAGAAUAGUAAAAUUGUAUCCUAGAGUCGGUAUAAAUGGGUUAGGGUUGACCCGUUUUGAUGGAUAUCAAGUUAUAUAUGAUAUAGCAGAAUCGAGAAAAAAAUCUAAUCUGCUACAUAUAAAAUGCUUCGAUAAUAUUUUUCAGAAAUUAUGUAAUACUUAUUCUGUAAUCCCUGGCUAAAGAAUCGGUAUGUGUUAACAUAAUUUUUUAAAAUUAUUUUAAUCUUUUAUAUCAAAAUAGUAACCUAUGUAUAUUAUCCCGUGGCCAAAGAAUCAUUUUGUAUCAAUUGUAAUUUUACAAAAUAUUUUUGUAAUUUUUUAGAUUAGCAUUCUUUAUAUUAUACUUAUUGUUAUUUUAAAAUUACAUGGAAAUAAACAGUUUCAGAUAACAGUACAGUCUAAAGGUACAUUAGCCGUCGUCUGUGCACUUUACAUUGACAAGACGAGAGCUGAGCAGUUUAUUAUUUUGUUGCCAAUGUAAAGUAUGUCUACUGACAACGAAUUAAAGCUCACUUUUCAAUGAACGUCAUCUUGUUGGGUGGGAGCGGUGCUGUAGAAGUGUACUAUGAUUGUAAAGGUUCGGUCAAAAGUUUUACUUAUAAUGAUAAGUUCCCAGUAGUAAGAUUCAGUAGGAGUAAGUACUGCCCCAUUUUUGUGGAUUUUGAAUGUUUCAAACGAAAAAUUACACUUGAAAAUUAAGGUAGGUAGGUUUUUGUGUGCUUGACUGUAAAUGAAAAAUGGUAUUUGUGGUUCCUUGUUGCCAUAAUAAAUUAAGUU